CACAAAAGGGAUAAACGGAGUGAAAAGUUGUCAGUUGGUCUCGUUUUUUGGUUCUAAACGAAAAACGAGAAAACGGCCGCCGACUUCCGUUUUACCGUUUUGGAUUAGAAACGAAAAACGAGAAACGAGUGUUUUGGUUUUCUGGUUUUUACGGUAAAAGAGACGAUCAAAAGGUACACGGAGACAGAUACCGUACCUCCCUCCGCCCAACUGCACACUUCCUCGGUUGGCAGCGAGCCGGCCUGCCUCAGGGACUCCAGCACCGCGCUGACCCGCCGCAUAUGCUCCGCCCACGUGGUGCUGUAUUUGAUGACAUCAUCCAGGUAGGCGGCAGCAUACGCAGCAUGCGGACGCAGCGCCUGGUCCAUGAGGCGUUGGAAAAAGGCCCGGGGCACCAACCAGCCCAAAGGGAAGCGUUGUGAAUUGGUAUAACCCAAACGGAGUAGAGAAAGAUGUUUUUUCCUGGACUCUGGCGACAAGGGAGUCUGCCAGUAGCCCCUGGUCAAAUCCAGUGACGCGGUGCCCAAUCGGUCCAGGAGUUCGUCGACCCGGGGGAUCGGAGAGAUGAGCGUCGAAACGGAGCCGGGUCGGAUUGGUGGACUUUGGGACCUCUGGUCCCAGCUACUCUCUCUCAGCUACUACAGCCGGACAGCUGGAGCUACCACCGCCGCGGUCGUCAAGAAGAAGGCACAGACACACGGUGUGCCGGCUAAACGGAAUGAGCUGUACUACGACUGCUGUAAGGAGCCAUAUCCAGAUGUGACAUUCACUGUCACUAUGCGCCGCAGGACGCUUUACUACGGCCUCAACCUGCUCAUCCCCUGUGUGCUCAUCUCUGGUCUGGCCCUGCUGGUCUUCCUGCUCCCUGCUGACUCUGGAGAGAAGAUCUCCCUAGGCAUCACAGUGCUGCUGUCUCUCACGGUGUUCAUGCUACUGGUUGCAGAGAUCAUGCCUGCCACUUCAGACUCCGUUCCUCUGAUUGCCCAGUACUUUGCCAGCACCAUGAUGAUUGUAGGCUUGUCUGUGGUGGUAACCGUCCUGGUAUUGCAGUUCCACCACCACAACCCCCAUGGAGGGAAAAUGCCCAAAUGGGUCCGAGUGAUCCUACUGAACUGGUGCGCUUGGUUUCUCCGCAUGAAGAAACCUGGAGAGGAAAACCGAACCACUGUGAGUUCCAGUUGCCCCCCAGACUACAAAAACUCCCACCAUCCCCCGGAGCACACCGGCUCCAGCAGCAUCCAGGUGAGCUUCGUGCCGGGCCAGGCGUCCACCCUGCCAACCGCGACCAAUGGGAACGCCAACCUUCAGGUUCCGGAGAUUUCGAGGAUCCUGGAGGAAGUGCACUACAUCGCCAGGCGCUUUCGGGAGCAGGACGAGGGAGAAGCGAUCUGCAGCGAGUGGAAGUUUGCAGCGGCAGUGGUGGAUCGGUUGUGCCUGGUGGCCGUCUCGCUCUUCUCCAUCAUCUGCACCUUCACUAUCCUCAUGUCGGCUCCCAAUUUCAUUGAGGCUGUGUCCAAAGACUUCACAUAAGGCUGAGCUCGUCAACAAGGCAAAGUUGACUUUGGAAGCUUUGUGGCGCACCCGUCUCGCUGCUGAAAACUAUGUGAAGUCACACGAGGUUGAGUUAUUUCAAAGGGGUUGUUCAAAGUCACAGUACAAAGCCAAUCUUUUCCUCUUUCUCUUUAAACGAAGGCACAGCUAGUGUAUGAUUAAUUGUAGAUGCAUCUGGAUUACACAAUUACUUGUUGUAUAUAAAUUCACCACAUAUGUGGGAAUGGAAAUAGUAAUGAAGUAAAUAACUCAUUACUAAAAUCUAAAUGGUUGUCAUAUAACCCGGGCAACUAUGUAUUGACAUUGUCUCAGUGCUUUUUUUUUACAUAUGUAAGUAUUUAAUUGAUCCUUAUUCACCACUUUUUCUUUCUUGCCAUUCACACAAUUUCGGCGCGCUUCCUUUCUUUCCCCUGAUCCUCUCAUUUCCUUUUUCUUUAGCGUACAUGUGACUGUUGCCAUUAAAAUGAAUUCUUGAGACAUUUGCAGAUCUGCUCCUUUCACAUUUAUUAUAGCUUGAAGUAAUUUCUGGAGGGAUCCAACAACAAAUUUAACUUCCAAAAACAUAUUCCUAUAGACGAUGUUUAUGUGACUUCUGCACUGGUUACAUAAGUCUUGUUGAUGAUGAAGUAAAAAAGAUGAAUGCAAGUCGUAGUCUUGCAGUAGUUUAAACAAAUUUGGAAGGUACAUCAUCCCAGUGUCGAUGUAUUCGGUACUAUCCUUCUGUAGUGCCGAGUGCUUUGUUAUUUUACUCAGCGAAAGGCAAAAACGUUCUUAUCUAAUCUCUGGUAAUAUUCAACAAGAAUGAAUGGGACCUCGUAUAUAUAUUUAUACCACACAUGUCUAAAUGGUAAAUAGGGGGGUUUUUCACUGGAGAAAUGUUGGACUAUUCUAGUCCAUUUGUCUUUGCACAUUUGAUGAUUAUAAGCUGCAGGUGUAAUGAUAGAUGAAGAAUAAAAGACUAGCACUGAUAAACAAAGAGCACAAAGCUGUUUCAUGAAUUUCUUUUUAAAAGGAAACUCAUACUUGGAAUGUUAUUUUGAUGUAACAUACUGUACGGUGGGUCUUGGUUGCUGUAAGAAUGUGAUUUAAUAGAUUGAGAAAUAGUUUUUCAUCUUGGAGAGUAUAUAUUUACAGAAGAGACAAUGUCUCUACAUACAGAAUGUGUAACUUGGACAAACCUAUGUAGAUACUUUGUGAAAUAACCUCUCCCAUUUCUAUUGUUAGUCAUGCAGAUGUCUAUUUAUUUUCUUUCAUGUGAAUAGCAUUUAUGGCACUGAGUCUGUUCAAUGUUAAAUGAACAAAUAUCAUUAAUUACAUAAUUAUCUUCACUGAACAUGCAUAAAGAGAAUAUGAUGUUAUCGGUUAAAGACAUUCUGCAUUGACCAAUUAAAGCUAUGUUGAAGCAGCAACCAUACAAUUGAUUUGAAUAGAUGUGUUGCACAUGUGAAACUGUUUACUGAUAUUGCAAAGUACACUAAAAACGGAGUAUAUGACUGUUUACUAUUUCUUUUUAUACGUGUGUUGUAUUUUGUAGUCUUUUGUGUGGUCUGUGCCUCUCUGCUAAGUAUACUUCAUUCUUUCAAAAGAUGUACAUAAAUGUCCACUGUACAUAUUUUUUUGUGAAAAAUAAAAGGGAAAUGUG